AUGGCAGCUGCAGAUUAUUAUCAUCAAAUACCAGUUGGCAGCGGACACCAGCCGAAUCCUGUACCUAUAUCGAGGCCACAAUACCUAUCACCUCAACCAACAAAUAUAUAUCCUCAAACACCUCCGACUUCGAAUUCAGUGCCACAACAGCCUCAGGCGCCACCACCCUAUCAGUUGGUAGAGAUGCCCGCAGAGAAGCCAUACCCACCAACAGAGCAGCAGUACCAAAGGAAUUCCUUCUCGCAUCCUGAGAGACCACCUAUCUCGCCGUGGAAUACCUCAUACAAUCAACCCAUGCCACCUGGUCACGAACGAGAUUACUACCAGAAAUACUCACCAGCACCACAACCGUACUCGCAGCAACCACCACAACCAUUGUAUCAAAUUCCGCCUCCACACCUUCGCCCUUAUCAUGCCAACGCUUCAUCACCCAACCUGGCACAAGGCUAUCAUUCGGAUCCAGAACCGCAUAGGCGACGGCGCACACGGAAAAAGAGUGCGUCACGAUCUACAACUGCCGAUGGGUUUCUGGGAGCCGCCGGUGGCGGCCUCAUAGGUGACAUGAUCUUUCCUGGUCUGGGAACGCUUGGAGGUGCUGUCGCCGGAUACUUCGGUGGAAAGGACUACGGCAAGCACAGAAAGCGGAGAGAAAGCUUGCAUCGGGAGACACAGACACAGUGGGAAGCUAGGCAUGGGAAAAGAGGGCAUAGCGGAGAAAGGAGACACUCAUGA